AUGAUGACAUCUAUGAGAAAUGCAGGAUAUGAUAGUCCUUCCAAACCGAAAAUUAAUAUUCUAGAAGCCUUGAUGUCCCAUGGUGGUGAUGGAUCAAGUUCAUCUAGUAACAGUACUACUCCCUUGCCAAUCAAAACUCAGGUUUCUGCUGCCCUUAAUACUGAUUUACUAAGUCCUCCGAACAGUCCAAAGAAAGAUUUUGAGAGAAGACGAAAAAAGACACUGGCACCGUCGCUACCAACGUUCCAAAAGAACGAAGAGCUGAACACAUUGCUUACUACCAUCAACAAAACAAAUGAUAUUUCGAUCACUCUGGACGAUUCCAAACAAAUCGUAAAAAUUGACAAUGAUGUUUACGUUAAAAUGGAAUACGCUAAUGCCCAAGUUGAGGAUUUGAUGCAGCAGUUUUCCAAAGCCAAACAAGAGUUCAAGGAAAGUACACAAAGAUUACAGAUGGAGUAUGAAAAAAUGGACAAGGAAAAGAUGGAACAAAUUGCGGCUUUUAUUGAGGACUUUAACUUCAAAUACUCUUCAAUGCAAAAAAGGUAUCAAGAUGCACUUUCAAAAAAGUAUAAAGACAAAAUAGAGGAGCUUGCACAGAAGGUUGAGAACUACUCUAAAGAGCGUGACGAUCUGAAAUCAAAAAUCGAACAUGAGACCAACAAGUUUUACGAAGACUUAAAGGAUAUUUUGACACAUUAUCAUACACAUAUUGAUGGAAUAAGGCAGAAAUGUGAAAAAGAAUAUGCCGUUUCAGUUCAAACUUGUCAAAAGAAUUUUGAGCAUGAUUUGAAAAAGGCCACCGAAAAAUUUACUGCCCAAGAGAAAGAGUAUUUUGCGAAAUACGCAAUACACAAGAAAUUAUUUUUUGGACUAUUAACUUAUCUUAGAGAAGUGACAGACCUAAAAGCAAAGUUAGAGGUAGAACUUAAGAAACAAACGACGAAACUUGAAAUUGUAAAUAAGAAGGCAAGAAAAACAGAGAACGAUUUACUCAACCAAAUAUCUGAUUUGCACAAAUCGAUUGAGCAAGGAAAGAAAGUUUUGACAUCUAAAAGUGUAAAUACAGAUCUAACAUCUCAAGAAAUGGAUAAACAAGACAGGCUACAUCUAACAAAUGUACAGGAAAGAAAUUGUAAAAUAGAAGCUCUUCAAGAAGAGCUGUCAAAAUGUAAAUUAGAAAUUGUAUCAUAUAGGACCGAGAUUGAUGCAAGCAAAGAACAGUACCAACAAUGUGAAAGAACGCUUACUGAGUUAAGGAAGCAAUUGGAAGCCCAAUCUGCCACAGAAAUGAAACUCCAAAAGAUUUUACAGGAGGAGAAAGAAAAACGAGAAAAAACCCAAAGUUUACUCGAUGAAGCACCCACACGAGAACAGAUCUCCAAUUUAUCAAGAACGCUCGAAGAAAGAGAAGAUGAAAUCAGUCAGUUGAAAGCUUUCAUUAUUGAGAGAGAUCAAAAAAUAACUACGCUUGAUACUAAAUUGGAACAACUGCGACUAAAUACCACAAUGAAUGCUCCAAUUACAAAGGAAGCUUUAGAGAUGGUUGAAGCUAUUAAAAACAAGGCUCAUGCAACUAACCAAGAAAAAGACCGCUUGGCUGAAGAGAAUAGCCGGCUUGUAAUACAGCUGGAACAAGCUAAAAUCGAAUUGGAGAAACAGGCAAAGGAAUUGGUUGAUAUUCAAUUUGGUCAAAAGGAAAGAGAAAGAGAUUACGAACGAUUGAAGCAGAUUCAUAAAGAAGAAUUGGAGAAGAUUGAGCAGGAGGUACAACAGAAAAACGAGCAGUUUCAAAGAGCUACUGAGGAAUUGAAAUGCAAGACCAAAGAGCAAAGUCACAAAAUUUCAACGUUACAGGAAGAACUAGAGCAACAGCUGAACGUUGUUCGUUCUAUCGAGCAAAGAAAUACAGAUCUGGAAAAUAAGAUCGUCCUUUUGUCCAUUUCGCUUUCCCAAUCAAAAGAAGCUGAGGAAAAGUCAAAAGAGCAACUGCAAGCAUGUAACACGGACCUACAAAAUAUGUUAGUUCAUUUUGAAGUGGAACGACAAAGUUUUGCCCAAGAGCGCCAGGAAUUGUCUUUACAGAACCUAAAGUUGACUGAAACCUUGGAAGAAAAAGAGAAAAAAAUAAGACUUCUACAAGAUGAGCUUGCUUCUCAAACAUCUCUAACUGAGAAAACCGUGGACAUGAAUGAUCUUUCUCAAAUCCAAAAGCUAUUCUCAAAUCUCAGUCGACAAAUAAGGACGUUGAAAGCUGAGGCAGACUUAAGAGAUACUGUGUAUAAGGAAGAUUGUAUGCAGUUGAAAGAAAAAUCUGCACAACUAGAAAAAGAAAUUAGUUUGUGGAAAGAAAAAUAUCAAACUCUCCUCGCCAACUCACAUUUCAGCAAUUUUGAUGGUAACAACACUUCCCUACUGGAGGAAAAUACUAAACUAUCAAUCGAAAACAAGAAAUUACUUUAUGCCAACAGAACUUUGAUCGCCAAAGUUGCAGGAUAUGCUUCUUCUAGCAAAUGGGAAGAAUUGUACAGGGAGGAGCAGCAAAAAACAGAAAAGCUUCUUGAGCAAUGUAAGAAUUUUGUAUUGAAAAUAUCCAAAUUGGAGGAUGAAAAUUCCAAUUUGAAAAAGGGGUCUAGAAAUUUGUAA